GCACUGUGCAGUUCUUUGAUCGCCCGUCACGUUUUUCGUACAGCUAACCUAGCCUAUCAUCGACCACGAAUACCACGAUACCGAUCCAGAUUCAAACAUACAGUUCAGUUCACACGUGUUUCUUGUAUACAUAGGUAUACAGGCUAGAGGGGCAUUCUCUCUUUUAGAUAACUAUUGUGAUGAUGUGUUGAAACUGAUUUUUGUUUUAGUGUGAAUUUUUUAAAAGACCACCUCCAGCCAUGUCGAAGACGAGCCUGAACGACUUAAGGGGCACGGAACUGGAAAGCCUGACCCAGAACGGCGGCAAGCAGACCAGGUUUCAGGUGAACCGAGUGGAAAACGACCAGGAGCAGUUCCCUGGGGUGGAGCUGCGGAUCAAAGUGGACGCCAGCGAGCAAACCGACGACGAGGAGUACGACGUUCAUUCUGCGACUGACAGGACCAAGUUGAACAGCGACAUGGUGAAGAGCUUCAGACAUCUGACACGGGAAGCUCUACCAAGGCUGGACAAUUACAGGAACGUGAUGUCGAUUCAGGCUGCCAAUAGGCCGACCUUGGACGAACUACUCAAUGCCAGUCUUCCCGCAAAGAGUCUACCGCCGACGUCGCUUACAGCCAAUGGGAAGACGGGAGAGGGCUUCGGACAGUUGAAGUUCGGGUGGAUACAGGGCGUUCUGAUAAGAUGCCUCCUCAACAUAUGGGGCGUGAUGCUCUUUCUUCGGCUCACUUGGGUCGUGGCACAAGCGGGAAUAGGUCAGUCAAUCCUUUUGAUACUAACAACGACGGUAGUGACAACAAUUACAUCGGUAUCGAUGGCAGCUAUAAGUACGAAUGGAGUUAUAAAAGGAGGUGGCACCUACUACAUGAUAUCUCGGAGUUUGGGCCCAGAAUUCGGAGGAUCGAUAGGACUGAUUUUCUCCCUAGCUAACGCAGUAGCAUGCGCUAUGUACGUCGUCGGUUUUGGUGAAUCGUUACAAGACCUUUUGGAAGUUUACAAUAUAACUAUCGUCGAUGGAGCGGUACAUGACAUACGGAUUAUCGGUAGUGUAACCAUCGUUAUAUUAACCGUGAUCGUAGUUUUUGGCAUGGAGUGGGAGGCAAAGGCACAAUUAGGAUUGUUGGUUAUUUUAUUAGUUGCCAUUGCAGACUUCUUCAUCGGUAGCUUCAUUGGUCCAAGAAGUGAAGACGCUAAAGCUAAGGGUUAUUUGGGGUACAAUGCUACUUUAGCACACGAAAACCUUUUUCCUGACUACAGAGACUUUGAGGGCAGUCCACAGACUUUUUUCAGCGUCUUCGCAAUUUUCUUCCCAGCUGCUACUGGCAUACUGGCUGGAGCUAAUAUAUCUGGGGAUCUUAAGGAUCCUCAAACUGCAAUACCGAAAGGUACCCUGCUUUCCAUUCUCUUGACCACAUUAUCCUACAUUCUUAUGGCAAUCGUGGCCGGAUGUACUGUUCUCAGAGAUGCGACUGGUAAUGUCACAGACUAUGUCAAUGGCAGUUGGCAUCAUUGUGCCCCUUAUGAAUGUCAUUUUGGACUACAUAAUAAUUUCCAGGUUGUUGAGUUGGUGUCCUGGGUAGGACCCAUCAUCUAUGCGGGUUGCUUCGCAGCAACCCUAUCGUCAGCGUUGGCGUCUCUGGUUUCAGCUCCUAAAGUUUUCCAGGCCCUAUGCAAAGAUAAAUUGUACCCUGGCCUCGAAUGGUUCGCCAAAGGUUAUGGAAACAACAAUGAACCAAUCAGGGGAUACGUUUUGACGUUUAUAAUUGCUGUCACUUUCAUUCUGAUAGGUGAACUGAAUUUAAUAGCACCUCUCAUCUCUAACUUCUUUCUGGCUGCAUAUACUUUAAUCAACUUCUCAACAUUUCACGCAUCCCUAGCUAAACCAGUUGGAUGGCGACCCACAUUCAAGUACUACAAUAUGUGGUUGAGCCUCAUCGGGUCAAUAGUUUGCGUCAUAGUCAUGUUUCUUAUAUCUUGGAUUACAGCUUUGGUUACAUUAGCUGUGGUCUUAGCACUGUAUCUAAUAGUAUCCUACAGGAAACCAGCUGUCAAUUGGGGAUCAACAACACAGGCACAGAUGUACAAAAACGCAUUACAAGCAGUGCAUCAAUUGAACACCGUCGAAGAACAUGUGAAAAAUUAUAGACCACAAAUUUUGGUGUUGUCUGGAAUGCCUGGUGCUAGGCCGGCCCUGGUAGAUUUUGCCUAUUUGUUGACGAAAAAUUUGUCGAUGCUAGUUUGCGGCCACAUAAACACGGCUCCGCUACCUCAAAGGAUAAGAAACGUUUUCAACUACAAAGCGAUCGGCUGGUUGAAGGCCCAUAAAUUGAAGGCAUUUUACACGCAAGUUGACGGCAUGAGCUUCGGAGAAGGUUGCAAAGCUCUUUUGAAAGCUUGCGGAAUAGGAAAACUGAGACCAAAUAUACUUCUGAUGGGCUACAAAACCGAUUGGCAGACGUGUUCCAGAGAAGAUCUCGAUCAAUAUUUCGAAGUUUUGCACAAUGCUUUUGAUUUACAUAUGGGUAUCGGUAUCAUCAGGCUUCAGCAAGGUUUUGACAUGACACUCAUCAAUGACGAUGACAAGAAAAGCACUAAGAGCCCGGAGUAUUUGUUGAGUACCAAAUCUUACAGUCAAAUUUCACUUGCUAGUAGCAGUAGUGAUAAAUCUCAGCAAUCCAACAACAAAGAAGUUGUCAGUGACAUUCCAUGUCCUGAAGACAGACCAAAGAAUACUAAAUCUCUAGCUGAAUCUACUGGAGAAACUGCAGCGGACACUGAAUUUGAUUCCAAAGAGAUCUCGUCAGAAUUAUUUUAUUUCCAGAGAAAACAGAGGAAAGGUGGCACUAUAGAUGUUUGGUGGCUUUAUGAUGAUGGAGGUCUAACCCUACUUUUGCCAUACAUAAUCAGCACAAGAAGAAACUGGAGCAGUUGUAAAUUGAGAGUAUUCGCAUUGGCCAACAAAAGAGAUGAACUGGAGCUGGAACAUCGGAACAUGGCCAGUCUGCUAGCCAAAUUCAGGAUCGAUUAUGCCGAUCUACAAGUAAUACCUGACAUAACAGCCAAACCUCAAGAACAGACCCAAACCUAUUUCGAGUCACUGAUGGCGGAAUUCAGGAGUAGAAAUGGGACAAAUAACGAGUCUGAAGUAAUAUCUGACGCAGAGCUGCUGGCAGUCAAGGACAAAACGAAGAGACAUAUCCGCUUGCGAGAGCUACUUCUAGAACAUUCCAAUGCCGCAGACAUGUUGGUCGUCACUUUACCGAUCCCCAGAAAAAACAUCAUCUCGGCCCCGCUUUAUUUGGCUUGGUUGGAACUGCUGACUAAAGAUAUGCCGCCCAUACUGUUGGUGAGAGGAAACCAGACUUCCGUUUUGACUUUCUAUUCAUGAAUUUUGAGCCUACACCAGAUUUUUUCACUGCUAGUCGGAGAAAUGAUGUCCAUACAUGCAUUCAUUAGAAAUAGAAUACCUCAUCUAACAAAUUACAAUUUGAGGAUUACCGUAUUAACUUGUGAUUGAAUUAUGAUUGAGAUCAUAAUUAUAGUGAAUAUAACUCGAAAUAAAUAUACACGUUUGGCAAAUAUAAUUUUCUCAUAGAGAAACCGUGUAAUGGGUAAGCGUCGUUGCCCCAUCAACUCGAGUAUGGCACGUGUGGCAAACGAAGGAGGGGCUGACACAAUACGAAUCAUAUGGCAACGUUGCCGUUCUCUUUGCUCAAAUGCCCAUGCACAUAGAGCACACGGUUUCCCUAUUGGAAAAUUAAUUUUGCCAGACGUGUAUACGAAACUUCCCAUUCAAAAGGAAACCCUCCGCAUUUUCGUCAUACUGGUGAGAAAUUACUUGUUGAAUCAUUAUUUGGCAAAAUUCCAGAAAUAUAAAAAUUGUCAAGCUUUACUUGAAGACUUUCGAAGGUAACUUCAUGAGCUGAUUUCAAGAACCACUGGGGUUAAUUGUUCUGCACUUAUAGGAGUUAUCCUGUGUAUAUUGCGAAUUUUAAUUGAAUCAUUUGCACUGGUGAGAUUUAAUAUAUUUCAAAAUUAUAUUUUGAUUCCUUG